AUGGGACGUAUCGUCAAGAUCCGGAAGCAAUACGACGCGCAGACUCUUUCCGAUGCAAUUUGCGAAGCCAGGAGGACCAGCAACAUCAGAGCUACAUCGAAGAAAUACAACAUCCCCUUUACGACGCUUUUCCGACGAGUAAAAAACGAGAAAAGGAAGCUGCUACCUGGUCCCAAUCCCACCUUGCUGCCGGAGGAAGAAAACCGUAUUAAAAACUGGGUGAUUUACAUGGCGAAGGCUGGAUUUCCUGUUUGUGAAGUUGAUCUGAAGCAUACGGUUAAAGAUUACGCGGACAAAAUAAGGAAACACCGUUCCAUUCCAGAGACUUUCCCAAGUAAGAACUGGAGCAGUCGUUUUUUGGCACGACAUCCGGAUAUUAAAAAAAAGCUGGUCAACAACCUGUCGAAAGCUGCAGCAAAGGUUACUGAGCCUCAGUUGCGUAAUUGGUUCGCAGAGGUAGAGAAAUUACUGUUGGAGGACGGCAUCGAUAUGGCUAUUUUUGAUAAUCCAGAUCGUGUAUUGAAUUUCGAUGAAUCUGGAUUUCAACUUGUACCAAAGCGCUACAAGGCGUUGUGUUCGGAUGUAGAGAACUCGUAUCUUGUGACCAAUAAUUCGGAAAAGGAGAGUUAUACUGCUUUGUUUGGAAGUACUGCAGCUGGUGAUUUGACACCCCCAAUGAUCCUGUAUCCGGGAAAACGAAUAAGCAAGGAAAUGGUUGAGAACAUACCCAAAGGUUGGUCAGUUGGAGUCUCCGACGAGGGAUGGCAAACUUCGAAAACCUUUUACGAAUACAUUGUCAAUGACUUGUAUGCGUGGUUAAAGGAUAAAGGAACUGAAUUUCCGGUUCUGAUUUUCGUCGAUGGGCACAAGAGCCAUGUAAGCGUCGAGUUGGUUGAGUUCUGCGCACAACAAGGAUUGAUUUUGAUCUCUUUGUACCCGAACGCGACACGAAUUUUGCAGCCACUGGACAGAAACUUUUCGGCCCGUUCAAGCAAAUUUGGAGCAAGGUGCUCCGACAACGUUUGUUGGGAAACAGCAGUGCACGUGUGA